AUGACCACUAGAUUCUGUCAACAUGCAUGUUGUCAAAAGUUGAAUUUGGUAAAAGUUGAUUUUUCUGUUUUGAUCUACAGAAGUGAUUUGGCAUAUUUUGAUGGUCUUCACGAAACCAUUCUCAGUGUUGGGUUAGUCAAGCCCAAGAAAGGUGUCUUCAAGUCAUACAUAGAACAUCUGCUGUGUCUUACAACAACUUCAGAAAUUGUCCUACUAGGGGUGUCAUUUUCACAGUCAACAGUUGACGGUUAUUCUGGGAUGCACUUGUUACCUGAGCCACUCUUCUCUGUACCAGCGGAUGGCUCGUAUAUUCUCACCAUCACUGGCACAGCUGAUGGCCGUGUGUUUAUGGGAGCAAAGGAUGGAUGCCUUUAUGAACUUGUUUACCAAGCAGAAGAUGGGUGGUUUACUCGGAAGUGUCAGAAGGUUAAUCACACCAGAUCGACCUUGUCAUACAUCUUGCCUUUCCUUGCUUUUUCUGAAGAUGAUCCUAUAAACCAGGUUGAGGUUGAUGACACCAGACAUAUACUGUAUACUCUUAGUGACAAAGGUACCAUCACAGUUUAUGAUUUAGAUGCUGAUGGCAAGGGUACAUGCAGGGUUGUAUCAGUUCCUCACAAUAACAUAAUGAAUGCUGCUCUCCAAGCUGCAAAGACUGUUGAUAAGUCAAAUUUCAAGGGCGUUGUGAGUCUUUGCCCUAUUAGCACAUAUGAGUCUCCGCAUAUUCAUUUGGUAGUUGUCACAGGCACAGGAGUACGGCUUUAUUAUACAACUGUCAAUAUAAAUGGUGGACCUGGUCAACGUCCUUCACAACUUUUGCUCUUGCAUGUGCGUCUUCCUCCUGGGUUUGCAGCCAACGCCACUGUAUACCGACCAACAAAAGUUCACAAAGCCCUUUAUUCACAUGGAACCUGCGUACUGUGUUCCAAUGAAAGCAAUGAGGCAGAUACCAUAUGGACGAUGAGCAGCGACCAGUACCCUUAUCAUCCAACUCUGGCAGAGUCUCAGAGCACUCAUGCUGUUGAUGGAUAUGUGUGGGCUCUGGCUGAUGUCACACCACAAUUAUGGUGCUCCGCUCUCAACCCUCCAACAGCUCAGGGAACACAACCACCUCUGCUUGUCACCCAACACCAGCAGGCCCCACGACAACUGGUCUUGCUUUCUGCAAAUGGUGCUCAUAUUCUCACUUUCCAGCGCCCAGUAGAUCAACUAAGACAAUUAUUAGAAGAGGCUGGUGGGGCAGAAUCAUCUAUAAUUAAGGACUUUUUCUCAGCAAUGACCCCAACCCAGGCUUGUGCAACUGCCAUUAUUUUGGCCACAGAAGCUAAUAAUCAGAAUGCACAGGUAGCUGAAUGGGCUACAAGAGCCUUGUUUUUAUAUGGAGCUAAUGCUCCACCAGCUGCUCCAGUGUCGACACCACCUGUGUUUCCACUUCAAACACCCUCAACUUACAAUUUUCAGCCUACUCAAGUAUCAACACCAAUAAUUGGGCAGAAUACAACAUUACAAGAUACAAUGUUCUCACCCCUACACAAUGCUUUGUAUUUGUUCAUGGCAAGAAUACUGCGUCCAGCUUGGGGUACUCCAGUUGCUAGAGAAAUGCUUGUUGAUGGCAAACCAGUGGUUGUGAGCUGUAUGAAUGCUGAGGAAUUUGGAUUUUUGGCAAAUCAGGUUGAACUUUUAGCCAAAUUUUUACUCACAAACCAAGGUGGUUCUUCUGUGCAUUCUCUGAGCACGUCAAAUACAAGCUUAAACAUUACAAGAUAUGGAGGAGAUGGUUCUGAGAGAGCAUCUUUGUUGGCCUUGAGGUCCUUAUUGGGUCAGACAUUGGAAGUAUUGAGAUUACUGACGUUGCUAACAACUCACAACUUUAACACCAUUACAUCUGCUAUUCAGAAAGAGAUACGAGAACAGUUGAGAGGUAUAAGCUUACGUGAUCUCAUCUUGUCAGGACGUGAAGUGUGUCGGGCCCUUAUCAUGGCUCUUUUGGAUAGGUAUCAUGGGGAUAAUGCAUCAGCUGAUGCAAUAUCGCUACGCUUGAGGGACAUAUGCCCUGGUUUGUAUAGAGUAGAAGAUGCGAAGCUUGCAAAAGCAAAUGAAAUUAUCUUGGCUGCAAAGGCAAGCAGUAACAAGAUAGAGAAAGAAAAUGGCUUCAAGGAAGCAGUGUCUCUAUGCAAGCAAAUUGGCCAUCAUGUUAAUGUAGCUGGAAUCAGCAGUCAGUUGGCUAGUGGUGGAGCAUAUGAAGCUAUUGUCGAUUUGUGUUUGAGCGUUGCUGGUCAGAGGGACCCAACUGGAAUUGCAUUACAUUAUUACAAGAAUAAUGAACCAGCUGAAGACCACCAGGGCUAUGUUGCAUUUACUUCAAGAAUGGAAUGUUAUAGAGUAAUUAUGGACCAACUUAAUCAGUUGGUUGGUGCUGGAGUAGUUCCACCAUCAUCUCCAAGUGUGCCAUCUCGUCCUGGACCCCCAACACCACCCCCUUCAACAUUACCGUCAACAGAUGACUACACAGUAUGCAAUCAAAUGAUGAAUCUAAUUGUCAGUAGUAAUGAUGAACUAGCUAACGUCACUCUCUACCAGUGGCUGGUUGACACUAAUCGAACAGAACGUUUACUGGCAAUAUCAUCACCAUACCUUGAAAAUUUCCUCACACGGUCAAAUGGACAGGCACCACUUCACCAGCUUCUUUGGAGAUAUUAUGAAAGAAACCAAGACUAUUUUAAGGCUGCUAAAACACUUCUUUUGUUAGCUGAACAGAUUGGGGACACCCCAGUUCAUGUACGUGUAGAAUACCUGUCUCGUGCCAUAAUGUGUUUGAGUUCCUGUGAGAUGAAUACUGCAUCAAGUUACUCCGAUUUUAUGCUACACCUAGAAGAAAAGAAAUCUGUGGCUAGAGUACAGUUAAUGAUUCUAGAUGCCCUGCAGUCAGAUGGAACCAGUGCAGAUGUAAUUGCUCAGUUGAACUCAUCUUUACUGACAUUAACAACAUUAUAUGAGAAGUUUGCUGAACCAUGGUCCCUAUGGGAAUGCAAGUUGGCUAUUGUUCACUGUGCUGGGCACUCUGAACCCCAACUUGUCCAGCUUAUCUGGACAAAAAUAAUCGAGACAGAACUGGAUAGGUCGCUUUCUAAUGCAGUUGAAACACGAAUAGAUAUUCUGGCCAGUAAAAUUAAAACUCUUGCUCGCAUAUAUUCUACAAAUCCUAACUAUUUUCCCUUGGAGCACAUAAUCAGAGAGUGUGAGAUUAAAUCCGUUCAGCUAAAAGUCCAGAAACCUUGGGUAGUCACAGCAUUACAAAGUUGUGGAAUUCUUGUCAGCAAACUUAUAAAUAUCUAUCACAAAUUAUACAGAAGUGGAGAUACAGUUUGGGAAGUUGAAAGGUCUCCUUAUCACCUUCUUGGAGUGUCAGCUCACCUUAUAUCAAUGUUAACAGAAACAUCUUCUGUACAACCAAACCAAAAACGAGCGUUAAGGGAGCAGUGUCUUGACUAUGUGGCAGAGUACAUUACAGAGCUUGGAGCGUCAGCAGAUCCUUCAGCGGGUGUUAUUUAUGCACACCUAAAAACUUGUCAGGCUCAACUGGAAAGAUUUAUGUAGUUUAAGUCCUCUGAUUUUGUAUGUUGCUAUGUAAAUACUGUAUGUCUUGUUUACAUGUGAUAUAUAAAGCUUUGGUGCAAAUUAUAUUUUAAGUGAACCUGAAAUAUCAGGAACCCUCCAAUUAUCAUUUUUACAGAAAAGGAUUUGGUAAGUUUUGCAUAUUGUAAAGUGUGUGUAAUAUUUUAGUACAGUUUGUUGGACAGGUUUUCUGUAGAAAACCUUUGUCAGUACGUAAUUAAGUUUCCAUUUUAAUUGUAAAAUCAUUGUUUUGAUAAUUUUAGUUUCAAGUGGAAUAAAUUUUAACCUGA